GUUUACUUAUUUAAAUUCUGUUAAUCAUUGUAUGAUCAUUGUUUUGUCUGUUAUGUAGAAUUUGUGUAUGGAAUGAUAUUCAGUUUUACAAAUUCGGCCAAAAUUUCGCUUUAGAAACAUGAAUAAUUCUGUCGAAAAAGAUGAUUUAUUGAUCCAGAUUAAAGAUAUAUUGCGUAAACAAGAAGUUAAAUUAUGGCUUACACCUUAUUAUACCGACGAAGGGACGUCUGAAGCUAAUUUAAAGAAUUUAAGCAAAGUAAUAAGCGAAACUUUAUCGUUAUCAAUAGACACUUGCCUUGAAAUUGUAAAAGAAUUGCAAGUAAAUUCGCUGGAAAAUUUAAAACAAAGAAAUCGCUUUCAAGAUUCUGGACUUGCCACCUUAAAAAUUAAAAUUGUGAGUCAGGGAAAACCACCUAGAAUAUUAAUUAAAGAGAUGAUGUUAAGCUGUAGAGGAUGUGAAUUAAGAGAAAAAAUAUGUCAAGAUGUUAGUAUUGAGCCAGAUAAGAUAAAAUUAAUAUCUGCAGGAAAAGUUCUGUUAUGUGAUGAAUGUCUACGAAAUCAAGGGGUUAAAAAUGGACAACAAAUUUUAGCAAUUCUUCUAUCAGAAACACCUAACGAGGCAGAAAAGAAUGAAAAUAAAAUUAAGGAAUUGGAAAGCGUCAAGACAGACUCUCAACUACUAGCAUUAGAUAAUGAUUAUAUGAUGUUAGAAGAUCAGUUUGGUAAUCCAAUUAAAAUACCUAAUAAUGAAAGGAAAGCUUUGAUAGUGGCAAUGACUUUACAUGAAAAGGGAAGAGCUGCAUUAAAAAGAGAAGAUUAUUCUACAGCUUUAGUUUUCUAUCUUGAAGCUGACCAUGAAUUUAGAAAUUGCAGCUCAGGUUUGUUGAGUUCUGUGGAUAAUUAUGCCUUGUUAGACCUAGAUAUUGCUUGGUGUUACUUAUGUCUUCAGAGUUUUUCGCAUCUUCCCGAAGCCGAAGAAAGAUUACAGAAAUGCCACGAGAAAUUUCAGAAAACAUACGGCUCCAAUAUGGAAAGACUUAUUGCUGUUAAGGGUUCAUCAGGCAAUGAAGCAUGUUUGUUGGCCAGAUUGCAUCUCUUACAAGCAGUCGUACUAUACCACCAAAAUAAAAGAUCUGAAUCUCUAGUAUUAUUAAAAGCAGUACAGCAAGAACUGUUAAAGUUAAAAGUAGAUGAAAACAGUAUUACAGCUUUGAUAGAACUAGGAUAUUCAACUGCCGAGGCUCGAGUUGGAUUGAGAGCUGUUGGAGGUGAUGUCAACUUGGCUGCAAAUUAUAUUGAUGAAAACAGACAAAAAAGAUAUGAAAGUAGAAAAAAGGCUAAAGCAGAGAAAAUUCUUGAAAAAGAGAGAAAAAAACUUGGCUUAUGUGCUGAUGGGAAACAAUAUGUUGAUCCGAAUUUCAUGAAAAUUUUGGUCAAUAUGGGUUAUAAUAAAGAGGUGGCUAGAAUUGCUCUGAAAAAAUGCAAUAAUGUAAUAUCAGACAGCAUACAACAUAUACAGGAGAAUCCAGUACCUGGACCCAGCGAGUCUAAAAGUAUGGAAUUUUUAGCAUUAAUAGAAGAUUUAGUACCGCAGUUAGUCGAGGCCGGAUUUGAUCCACGAAUGGCUAAAAUAGCCCUUCUAAGACAUAAUGGUGAUAUAACGAAAUCAGCAGAAGAAUUAUUACUUAAUGAUGGUGUCGUGCCUGGUGACUUAUCCGAGUUUAAUAUUAGUUCAGAAAGCAUAGAACAGAUUAAGAAAAGAAAGAUAGAGGAAGAAGAAAAAGAAAGAGCUUUUGAAAGGCUAAAGGAAGACAUUUCAAUAGUAGAUGAUGACCACCUAGACAUUAACUUGGCACAGGAAGAGUUAUUUCUUAAUCAGUAUUUGUCUUUGUUAGAAAGAAAGUAAACAAACGAUAUUGUUGAUCAACUGCAAAAAGUACUGUCUGUAUUGUCCAUAUAUAAAAUGAUAUAAAAUAUG